AUUGAUCCGUUUAUGGGUGUUUAACAAAAGAAGAGAUCCGUUUUAUGGAUAUACACCCUAAUAAUUUCCCUGUAAAAAAAAAGAAAAGUCACUACUCACUAGCAUUGAAGUUGUUGGAUGCACAUGUCUUUGUUGUUCUCUGAUAUUUAAGCUAGGCCUCAUACACAGUUAAUAUUAACUCGUUUUACAGUACAACAGAAGAAAAAACAGCAACGCGUUUAACUUUAUACUAUUUUGUCCCUUUUUUCUUAUCUGAUUAUAGUAUUUUGAUGAAAAAUUACUUGACCAACCACUUAUAUUAGAAAAAUACUUUUCGUGCAUGCGUGCGUAAUUAAAGAAUCCAAUUAUUGAUUUUCGUCGUCGCCACACCAAAUGUCUUUUCCAAAUUCAGUUCAAUUCUUUUGAAUUUUCUCACUUGGAAUUAAAUCCAUUUGCAAAGCUGUAAUUGUAUAUGAUUAGACCCCAAAAAAGCUGUAUGUGACUCAAUAACCCUUUGUUUCUAUAGAUGUCAAUCUCUAAUGGACGUAUAUAUGAAGAGACUCGUUGAAUAGAAUAGAUUCCGAGAUUUGCAUGGUUAACUAAUUCCACUUUUUCUUAUUCUAAUCGUUGGCCAAUUCCACUCUUCUCUUUUUCUUCAACCUUUUCUUGCAAUUCUUCAAUAUCUGUUCAUAUUUAUUCUUUACUCAGCAGCCAACUUUCCCCAGUUAAGUACAUAAAGAGAUUAAUCUCAACCAAAAGAGAGGGUUUUGUGAUAUGAUCUGGUUUCUUGAGUUUUUAAAAUAGAAAUCUAGAGAAGAGAAGAAAACAAAACAAUGAAGUUUGGGAAAGAGUUUGCUGCGCAGCUGAUUCCAGAAUGGCAACAAGCUUACGUGGAUUAUUCUUGUCUCAAAUCCAUUCUCCAAGAAAUCCAAAAUGCACGGAAGCGAUCAGGUGCCGUAACACGCAAGCAACCUGUGCACCGCAACUUUAGCGGCCUGACUAACCGUUCAAACCGAGUCGCCACGUCAGAAGAACUUGAAAACCAGGACAUAAUGGUGAGUGAAAUGAUUGGUGAUGAUGGGUUUGAGAGAUACGAGACGUCCAUCAUGAGAGUUGCAGAAGCUGGGAGAGAGCCAGAGCUUGUGUUCUUUAAAACCCUAGAUCUUGAGUUCGAUAAAGUGAACCAUUUCUACAAGUCUAAAGUGGAGGAAAUGGUGAAGGAGGCAAUGGUUUUGAACAAGCAAAUGGAUGCUCUGAUUGCUUUUAGAAUCAAAGUAGAUCAACCAUCUUCGUCUUGGAUCUGUUCUGAAACAGUAUCAGUCGAUGUGAAUGCCUUGGAUACUACGGAACAUAGUAAGUUCGCUCAUAUUAUUUUGUUUGUUAGGGUUUAGUAUGAAAGAAGAACAAAACGUUUGAAUAUUUUUGUGUUUGGUCUUGAAGGAAAGACGUUAGCUGACGUGAUGGGAAUCAUAGUAUCCAACCAUGGAGAUUCAACGAGAGGGAACAUGCCAGAGGCUUUAAGUGUUCUUGAACGUAUCAGACUAAACAAAGAUCAAGAAACUCCUCUGUCCAGGAUUAGAAACGUCCUCAAGCUCUCUAGCCACGAAGAGCUCAAAUUCACAAGAGAGAGUCUCAAGAAAAUAGAAGAACGUCUUAAGGAUGUCUUCAUCAAGUUUUAUCGCAAGCUUAGACAUCUCAACAAUUACAGGUAUGCAUAUUGUUUCUUAAGCACUCGCGUAAGAACAACUCAUAACAGGUUGUUUGUUUUAUUCAGCUUCUUGAACGCCUUGGCGAUUUCAAAGAUCAUGAAG